AUGAAGGUAACAGAUGCAGCAGAGGCCCUGGUGUCAUGGCAGGGGGAUGCUGAAAUAGACAGGAAUGAAAAAUUCCAUAAAAGGUCAUUCCUUAGCCCAAAGUGCAAGCUUAAACCUAACUCAACUGGCAGAUUCUUGAUGUCUGCCUUAAAACGUGCCAACAAGGAUGAGUUCCCGGGGGCUCUUACUGUGUCCAAAAAUACUAUGUACAUAAUAAGCUUUAAAAAUCUAAUGCCUGUGGCUUUGCUGGAUUCUUCUUUCUGCAGUGCUCAGCAGUCUGUUAUGAGAGCAAAAUCAUUAAAGGAGGAACUGGAAGAAAUGAAAAUUAGCCUGACCAUCUCAGAAGAGAAGAGAUGCAAUAUUGUGACCCAGCAUAAACAGCUAGAAAAAGAGAAUCAGUCUCUCAUCAUCAAAAUUUCUUCUCUUCAGGAAGAGAAUAUUAGGAAUGCCUUGGAUACAGAUGGCCUUCAGAAGAAGAUUGUGGAGUUAUCCAAAGAUGCUGCUGAGCUCCAAAUGCGAGUGCACAUUUAUGAGAACACUGUGGUGAAUAAAGAUGCAAGUCUAUUGAAGAGAGACUUGGACAUCCAAGAACUGAAGUCUACCAUUGUGGAAUACUCCUCUGUAAUCGAGACAUUACGGGUGGAAAAAAAUAAACUGGUGAAUGAUAUGCAACAAAUGCAGCAAGAGCUGAUUUCAAAUGGCAUAGACUUCCCACUGAUAUACAAAUUUAACAGCAGCAUCCUUGAAGGGACAAAUUCAUUGCACAGUGAAUUGGCACUUGCUCAACAAUCUAUAGAGAUCGCUGGAAUUGAAUGGGCUGCUUUGGACGAAACAUUGGACCGAGAGGUGCUAUUGUUACUGCAAGGGCCUGAACAAAUGGGAGAAAACUUUAAGGCUACCAUCCAAAAACUGCAAGAGGAAGCCUCUGAAGCAGAGGAACUUGUUGUGACCACUUUGCAAUGGGUUGCAGAUCCUGAGGUGAAUGUGAGGGAGACUUGUGAAAAAAAGCUUGCGGACCUCAAGCAAGUGCUAGAAGAGAAGAUAAAUCAUUGGAUUAAAAAGCUCCAUCUCUUAGAAGAACACAGAGAAUCCCUGGAUAAAGAGUAUGUUAGAAUGGCAGGAAAUCUGAGGAGAAUAAGAACAGAGCAGCUUCACGUCAGGAAAGAGCUUUCUUCCAGACAACACGAGUUAGAAGCUGCCAAACAGUUGCAAGAAGAAGCUGUCAGUCGGGCAGAUGUUCUUGGCUUGCAGCUCCAAGAAGCUACCAAACAGUUGGAGGAUUCCAGCAAACAGGUUAAGGAUCGAGAUGGGGCACUUCAUUUUGCCUGGGAAGAAGUCAGAUCUUUGCGAAGUGUGUUAGAGGAAGCCAUUUCUGAGCAGAGAAUCCCUCAGGCUAUGAAUACGGCUUUAAUGAGCUCUUGCCAGACACUUCAGGAAAAAGAUAAAGAAGAGAAAACACCUUUGCUCCUUCAAAAGAUUUGGGGGCCAAGAAGCAGGUCAGGGCACUGGACUUCCCAAGACACCCUCCUUGAGAUACUCAUGCUGGUAUUCUACACCUCUGCUAGUGAACAUUCAACACCAUCCCAAGAAGAAGAUAUUACAUCUUCUUUGGAGAGCUCUAUAUCAACUGAAUUGCUCGCCAUGGAGACACAAUUGUCAGAGGCUUCAUGGGCAAAAGGUGAAGACACAUCAACCUGUAUAGCAAUGAAGAAAAAUAAAGAUAAGGAUCUGAAUAAUGAUGUAUCAGAUACGGAUCUGACGACUAAAAGUGAAUUUUGCCCCAUCAUGGAAAAUCACAAAACUACACCUGAAAAAGAAUUACAGCUAGAUCUGGAGACAGAUGGGGAAAUGGAAGCUAUUAAAGAGCAGAGUGAACAAGUGUCUGCUACAGUUUCUGGUAGAAAAGGGAAUUCUUCUCCCACUAUGACUGGCCUUAAAGUGACCAAAACCAAACAAAAUGACAAUGUUUCUCCUAAUGAGAAGGAGAUGGAGGCAGAGUUUCUCAGAUUGUCUCUGGGCUUUAAAUGUGACUUGUUCACCUUGGAUAAGCGAGUGAGGCUUGAAGAAAGGUCCCGAGAUUUGGCUGAAGAAAACUUGAAAAAGGAGAUCAUGAAUGGGCUGAAGCUGCUGGAGUCUCUAGCACCUUUGUGUGAUGAAGAUAACCAAGCACAGGAGAUCAUUAAGAAGCUGCAGAAAAGCUUGCAGUUCCUUAGCCAGUAUGCUGCCAGACUUGCUAGUAGAGCAGAGAUGUUGGGAGCCAUUAAUCAGGAGAGCCGUGUCAGUAAGGCAGUAGAAGUGAUGAUUCAACAUGUGGAAAACUUGAAACGCAUGUAUACAAAAGAGCAUGCAGAACUUGAGGAGUUGAAACAGGUCUUGCUACAAAAUGAAAGAUGCUUUCACUCCUUUGGGGAUCAAGAUGAAUCUACAAAUAAAAAGCUUCCAAGUUCUCUCAACUUCAAGCCAACAUCAUCCCUACGAAGAGUCAGUAUUGCAGCAUUGCCCAGGAAUAUUGGAAAUGCUGGUAUUGGUUUGCCGCUGGCCCAAUUAUAUGGAACUGAUGGAAAUGAAAGAAGUGACAAAUUCAACAGACGAUCAAGCAGUUGGGGCCGACUGGGAUCAAAACAAAAUGAGAGGCGUCCUUCACUGCGACGAUUCAUUAGCACGUAUUCCUGGACAGAGUCUGAGGAAGAACAGUCUGAAACAAAAACCAAACAGUCAGAACCACCAGUUGAAGAAAUACAAGAAGACAAAGCAAGGAAGUUAAGUGUUACCGAAAGGGGGAAAAAGCCAUCAAAAUGGAGUCUAGGAUCAGCUUGCAACAUAAUGUCAUCGUGGGCAUCUCAUCUGAAGACUUCCUUCUCCAAGGCUAACAAAACUCUCUGGAUUUCUCUUACAAUCAUUGUACUCCUUGCUGCACUCACAAGCUUCCUCACAGGUCUGUCUCUCCAAAGACCUGCAGAUGCUGCCCCUGUGGGAACUGGAAGUUCCUGGACAUCACUACAACAACUGCUGUGGCCAUAUACUGAACUUCAACACAAUGGACCACCACCAGUAUAACACACAAUCUGUAUUUUAAUUUGUAAAAUUUUUUUUUCU